AUGUGUCUUACUGUGUCUUGCUGUGCUCUCCUGUGUCUUGCUCUGCACUCCUGUGUUUUGCUGUGUCUUGCUGUGGACUUCUGUGUCUUGCUUUGCUCUCCUGUGUUUUGCUGUGCUCUCCUGUGUUUUGCUGUGCUCUCCUGUGUCUUGCUGUGCACUACUGUGUCUUGCUGUGCACUCCUGUGUAUUGCUGUGCACUACUGUGUCUUGCUGUACUCUAUGUCUUACUGUGUCUUGCUGUGCACUCCUGUGUCUUGCUGUGCACUCCUGUGUCUUGCUGUACUCUAUGUCUUACUGUGUCUUGCUGUGCUCUCCUGUAUCUUGCUGUGCACUCCUGUGUCUUGCUGUGCUCUCCUGUAUCUUGCUGUACAAUCCUGUGUCUGGCUGUGUCUUGCUGUGUGUUGCUGA